AUUUACUACAUCGAAUCCAGUCAGCCAGUCCGCCGACACACGUCUGGUGGAGAGCGCGCUUAAGUUCUAAUUUCAAAUUUCGCGCCUUUACAUCGAAAACAGAUGAACGUGAAUUUACUUGUUCUAAACAGUACUUUCGUAAAUUAAUAUGUUAAAACGAAAACAACUAGAAUAAUAGUGUGUUCGAUUUAUUAUAAUUAAAAUAAGUUAAAAUUAGUAAUUUUAUUUGUGAAUAAUAAAUUAAACUUUACUAACAUUAAAUAAUUAACCUAUAUUAGUGUCAGCCAAAAAUCCAGUUUUUAUUUAAUCACAACAUACGUCGAAAAUAAUUACGAUGAAGUCAACGUUGAUCCUUUUGGGAAUAGUGUUCGUACCGUUUGUCACUGCCAUACUUCCGGUAUCAUCUAGUGACAAUGUCAUCAACAUAAUACAAAAGAAACCCGUUAUAAAUACGGGUUCGCCGCUGUAUCCACGAGCAACCCUGACCAGAGACCUUAGAAAGCUGGACGGCAUAUGGAAUUUUAGAUUGUCACCCCCAAAUAAUCCUUUAUUUGGAUUUCUUAAUGGAUGGUAUCUACAAGAUCUUGCUGAGACUGGACCAGUUAUCCCCAUGCCGGUUCCGUCAUCCUUUAACGAUGUCGGCGUGGACGCAGCUGUGCGUGAUCAUACUGGUGUGGUAUGGUAUGAUAGGCGAUUCUACGCGCCACGCUGGUGGGGUGACGCCAGACAACGUGUUUGGUUAAGAUUCAGCAGCGUUCAUUAUCAAGCGAAAGUGUUCCUAAACGGCAAUCAAGUUACGUCACACGAAAUCGGACAUCUACCGUUUGAAGUGGAAAUUACGGACGUUGUUCUGUAUAACAGUUCCAAUUUACUGACUGUGGCGAUUGAUAACACGCUCACUCUUAACACUAUACCACAGGAAAAUGGAUAUGAUUUCUUUAACUACGCUGGUAUUCACCGUACGGUGUAUAUUUACUCAACACCACAAUUAUAUAUAGAAGACAUCGCCAUAGAUACAGACAUACAGGGAUAUACGGGUAUUGUCACUUACUACAUAUCAGUCAAAGGAUCAAGUGAUGAUGACAUCAUAUGCUUUGUGGAGGUCUUCGAUAGGAAAAACACAAAGGUCGCAGCCUCACAAAACUGCAGUGGGGUGAUAGACAUCCCUCAGGCACACCUCUGGUGGCCUUAUCUCAUGCAUCACGAUCCUGGAUACUUGUACACAAUGAGGGUCUCCUUAGUAAACACACGAGAUGAAUUAGUAGAUACUUACACUGAAAAAUUCGGCAUUAGAACCGUAAGCUGGACGAACACUACAGUCUACUUGAAUGGUCAACAGAUAUACCUGCGCGGGUUCGGCAUGCACGAAGACUCUGAUUUCCGCGGCAAAGGCUGGGAUCCGGUGUUGUGGGUGAAAAAUAUAAAUCUGAUCAAGUGGGUUGGUGGAAAUUCCUUCCGUACCUCUCACUAUCCGUACGCGGAAGAGAUCUACCAAUUGGCUGACGAGCACGGAAUCAUGAUAAUCGACGAGUGUCCCAGCGUUAACGCUAUCAAUUACUCAGACUCUUUGUUGGAAAAGCAUAAGCAGUCCCUCACAGAGUUGAUUAGAAGAGAUAAAAAUCACCCGAGCGUGAUCAUGUGGUCCAUCGCCAACGAGCCGGUGAGCGACAAGCCUAACUGCGACGAAUAUUUCAAAAAAGUGGUGAUGCAUGUCAAGACUAUGGAUGUAUCGAGACCAGUCACUUAUGCACUAGCUAAUCCCAAGGAUAUUGCGGGCAAGCACCUGGACGUGAUCAGCUUCAACCGCUACAAUGGCUGGUACAGCGAGACGGGCGAGCUGCAGCACGUGGCGGAGAACGUGGCGCGGGAGGCGCUGCAGUGGCACCGCAAGUAUAACCGCUCCGUCCUCAUGUCCGAGUACGGCGCAGACACCAUCGCCGGAAUGCACUUCUUGCCGACAUUCGUAUGGUCAGAAGACUACCAGGUGGCUCUGAUGUCAGAACAUUUUAAGGCGUUCGACAAAUUGCGCCAAAGCGGCUUCUUCGUCGGCGAGUUCAUAUGGAACUUUGCUGAUUUCAAAACUAAACAAGGUAUAAUAAGAGCGGGGGGCAAUAAGAAGGGUAUAUUCACUCGGUCACGACAACCGAAAGCAGCAGCACACCACUUACGGGCGCGGUACCACGCGGUGGCGGCCGCCGACGUAGGCGCAGCACCGCCUCGACCAGACCUAUACAUCAGCGACAACACGAGAAUAUACCACGGGGAACUAUAACGUAGCCGUUUUUACCGGAUCCGACAUAUUCCGGACACUUGUAGUACCGCCUUUUAAGACUAAAUAUAGAGAACGGACGGCGACAGAGAAUACAUUAAAUAAAAUUUAAUAUUAUUUGGAUACAGAAUAGUAUACUUUGACGCCCGAUGGACGUUCCUAGCCAAUAUAAUAUAAGCUAAUACGAAUAAUUUAUUCCAACUGCCAAAUAAAAGUUGUGAGAAUAUACGAAAUGUAAUGUAUAUUAUACACCUACAUAAAGUACAAUAACUCAAAAGUGUUGUAAAAUAUAUAAUUUUGAACUUAGGCCUGAGAAAUGUCUGCAGUAUUUUCCUCUCCAAUGUUCACUAUACUUCUACCUACUUAGUAAUUUUACAGCCAAUUUACCUCAUGAAGUUCAAUCAUAUGAGAAAAUUCGUUGUUCCUUAAUUCCUUUUAUUUAUUUUUUUACUAUAAAGUACCAUUCACAUAGUUUCGAGUGAUCAUUUGAAAACAACUUGUGGGCAUAGUUCCGUGUCAGGAGAAAUCAAUCCGUAAGUGUCCCAGAGUAUGUACUGAAAUAAUCACGUGCUCUCAAUGCUUUCUGCGGAAUGGCAUUUUGUUAUAUUUUUCUAUAUGUAAUCUAAUUAAAUAGUAAAAUUUUAAGUACAUUUGUAAAUGAUCUCUCGGCGGUUACGAUCCGGAGUUUUAAAGACUUUGACUCUUGACUUGUACCUGUGUGAAUGGUGCUUUAAUCAAGAGCUUUGAAAACAUUUUACAUGGCUCGAAUGCAUUUGUUCUUUUAGUCUAUAUAAAUUAUGUAAGUUUUAGGUAAGGUAACUACCAUAGACAUGCAAUUGACGCCUGCGUGUACUUUCUAUGUCAAUUUGUGACCAUAAAUUAGGCUCAUUAGAACCUUGACUGCGACCAAAUUUCGAUUCAGAGUAACUGCAUGGUAUUUAUGUCAAAAAAUGAUUAAUGGUUUAAUAAACUGAUAAAAAUUAACCUACUACGUGGAUAGGUAUCGUCGAAAAUGUUUAUUACCUACAUAAGGAGGUUUCCCAUCGAUAAAUUAUAGCUUUUUUCAUUUCAAACAAGACAAGUAGUGACGCGUUUAGUUUUGAAACAGCUGCAGUAUCUAUUUCUAGUUACGUCUGUGGUGCUUACCUAAUAACUGAUUUUCUAUAAGUAUUAUUAUUAAGACCAUAAUUAAAACUAAGUCUAACCUAUAAGUUGUGUUCAACAUUUUAUUUAAAAUACGAUAAAAUGUGACACUUAAACCAAAAUGUCAUUAAUUUAUCUGCUGUUUAACUUUAUAACGCUAAAUUAAAUAAUCGCAACGUAAUUACUGUGUAUAUGGAUUUGACAUUAAAUAAUAACAUGUCUUUGGUUCUGUUUAAAAUAUGUAUUGCUUUGUUAGGGCAAAUUUUGGUUUGCUCAGAACGUUGAGCACACCGAAUUCGACUUUAAAUUCUAGAUGACUAUGUCUGUAACAUGUAAUGUAACGUAACCGUACGUCACUAGAAAUUAACACCUAAUAUCCCAACAGUUCAUCUUCACCUAUCCUUUUUCAUUGGUGCUCCGCCAGCGUAUACCGAUCACGCAAGCGGUCUUACCAUUUUAUUUUUAAUAUUAAAAAAAUACCUCCUCUUAGAGAUGGUGAAAAAUGUGUCCUGGGAUUGUAGAGCCACAUAAAAUAGUAUUUUUAAUUAAAUAUAAACGAACAUAUUAGGGGUUCGAUCGUGGAGACCAUUGCUCUAAACUUAUUUCUUAAUCUAAUAUUUUAAUUUGAUAGUUUCGCGAUAGUUUAGAAUUUUUUAUUUUUAGAGAUGGGUUUAGAGAUGUGGUGUUUCAGAAUCGACCCCAAUAUUCUCAUAAUGCAUUACAUUGAUUUUAAUGGAUAAUAAGUAUUAAUGGACAAAUUCGAAAACUACUUAACUGAUUUUGAAAUUUCUUUCACCUAUAUAUCAACGUGUAACAUAGGCUAUAAAUUAUUUUCGAAAAUUCUACCCGUGCGAAGUCGGGCCGGAUCCUUAGUAAUUGAUAUGUUUAUGAUACAUUCCAUUGAAACAACCUUGUUAACACUUAAUUUACAUUAGGCGUCGAUUCCUAUAAACAUAUAAAAUUAUUGGUCUAUAUGUAUAAUGUACAUUAUUAAAAAUAUAUACUUUUAAAAAUAAAUUUAUUUUAUAAAAUAAUAAAUAUAAGUAGAAUAAAUUCAGUUGUAAUAGUAUAAAUUAACGUUUCCAUGAAAUAAAAUUGUUGAAAACUUAUUUCUAUUUUGUUUAUGUAUAAAUAAAUAUAUGCAAUAAUUACCUACAUAUAUAUAUUACCUAUCUGUAACACCUAUGAUCGUUCGAAAUUCAAAUGACCUAUAUAUACCUAGUUUAAAUUAUAAGAAAACUUACUUCAACGUACUAUAUUACAUCUAACUAAGUAUUAGAUUUACUUAAAACAAUUACCUAAGUAUAAUAAAUAUAAUGUAUUAUUAUUUAAGUGCCAUCAACUGUAAGAAUAGUCUUGGAACUUGUACAAGUAUUUCCUGUAUCGAAAUAGGUGCAUAUGGUAUGUACAAGUACGUACACACAUAUUAACAGGUAAAAUAAUUGAAUAUUGAAUAUUUUACUUCUAGCGAGAUCAAAUAUUGUUUCUAGCUUAUAUUUAUUAUUUAAGAUAUUCCGAUAUAUGGCCAGUAAAUUUGCCGCUAUGAUGAAGCACAAAAUACAAGUACAAGCCAGACCUAUAAUAGGUUAUUUCUUCUUAUGAGAGAGAUUUGUGCCCAAAACUGGGACACUAAUGGGCUGUUAAGUUACGAGUAUAAUAAUAAUGUAGUAUUGCCCUAUAAAUUAACGUUUCACUAUCCUGUCCUACAGUUUUUUUUAUGUUUAAAAAUAUGUUCGUUUUAAAGAUGUUUGGAUAUAUCUUAUUUAAUCACAAAUAGUUGUGAUUAUAAAUUACACAGAUGGACCACAUUCUAUAAUAUAACUACGAGUACAUGACUAUAGUAUAAAUACUUUUUACAUCGGGUAAAGCUGCAGAUUACAGCUUUAUAACAUAAAUGUAAUUUAUCAAUUAAAAUUACUUGAGUAUCA